UCCGCCAGCAGCAGCAGGUCAGGAAAGAUGGCGGCGGAGGAGGAGACGAGGCUGAAGCAGCGGAAUCACAAGAACAGCAUCUUCUCGGAGGAUGGCCACAGGUUCACGUCAGACACAUCCCAGAUGAGGCCCGAGGAGGAGGACUACCUGCCGGAGGAGGCCAGGGCCCGGCCCAUUCAGAUCGUGGUCGCUAACGAGGAGGAGCACUCGUUCACACUGCAGGAGGAGGCGCUGGAGAGGCUGCUGCUUCGGGAGGAGGUGCAGGACCUCCACGUGGUCGUCGUCUGUGUGGCUGGAGCAUUCCGCAAGGGCAAGUCCUUCCUGCUGGACUUCAUGCUGCGAUACAUGUACAAGCAGUCCAGCUCCUGGGUGGGCAGGGAGGACGAGCCUCUGACGGGCUUCACCUGGCGUGGCGGCUGUGAGAGGGAGACCACGGGCAUCCUGGCCUGGAGCGAGGUGUUUGUGGUGGAGAAACCCGACGGCUCUAAGGUUGCCGUUCUACUAAUUGACACACAGGGGGCCUUUGACAGCCAAUCAACUAUUAAAGACUGUGCCACUCUGUUCGCUCUGAGCACCAUGACCAGCUCCGUCCAGGUCUACAACUUGUCCCAGAACGUCCAGGAAGACGACCUGCAGCACCUUCAGCUCUUCACUGAGUAUGGGAGACUCGCGAUGGAGGAGGUCUACGAGAAGCCGUUCCAGACUCUGAUGUUCCUGAUCAGAGACUGGAGUUACCCGUAUGAACACCCGUAUGGUUUGGACGGAGGAAUGAGUUUCCUGGAGAAACGGCUGCAGGUGAAGCAGAACCAGCACGAGGAGCUGCAGAACGUGAGGAAACACAUCCACUCCUGCUUCUCCAACAUCGGCUGCUUCCUGCUGCCUCACCCCGGCCUCAAGGUCGCCACCAACCCUCAGUUCGACGGCCGGCUCAGAGAUAUCGAUGAGGAGUUUAAGAAGGAGCUGGUCAACCUGGUCCCGACGCUGCUGUCUCCAGAGAACCUGGUGGAGAAGGAGAUUGGAGGAGUGAAGAUCACCUGCAGAGACCUGCUGCACUACUUCAAGGCUUACAUGAAGAUCUACCAGGGGGAGGAGCUUCCUCACCCAAAGUCCAUGCUGCAGGCAACAGCUGAGGCCAAUAACCUUGCAGCUGUAGCCGGAGCCAAAGACCUGUACAACAAGAGCAUGGAGCAGGUCUGUGGUGGAGACAAACCCUACAUGUCCCCGGUGGAGCUGGAGCGCCGGCACGUGGAGCUGCGCCAGGCGGCGGUGAGGCACUUCCGCUCGGUGAAGAAGAUGGGCGGGGAGGAAUUCUGCCGGCGCUACCAGGAGCAGCUGGAGGCGGAGCUGGACGAAGCUUACGCCAACUUCAACAAGCACAACGACGGCAAGAACAUCUUCUUUGCUGCACGGACACCGGCCACGCUGUUCGCCGUCAUCUUCCUCAUGUACGUGGUGUCGCUGGUCACCGGCUUCGUGGGCAUCAACUCCGUGGCCACGGUGUGCAACCUGGUGAUGGGCGUGGCUCUGACGGCACUCUGCAUCUGGGCUUACGUCAAAUACUCAGGAGAGUUCCGUGAGGUGGGAGGAGUCAUCGACCAGGUUGCUGAAACCCUCUGGGAGCAGAGGACUCCACGGAAGGUGAGCACCUCUGUCUGUCUGUUUAAACUCCGAUCAUACACCCUGAAACACUUUGAGUGGUUUGUUCAUCAGAUGUGUUCUGAGCCUCGUCCUCCUCCGGCUCGUUCGCUCGCUCUGACCUCCUCCCUCUCUCCUCCUCCCUCUCUCCUCCUCCCUCUCUCCUUCUCCUCAAGGUUUUCUACAAACUCUUCGAAGUCGCUCGGAGUCGAGUCCCGUUGGGAAGCCUGAUCCCGGUGCCCCGGCCCCGCCUCGCCUCGAACAACAACGUCAAGAAGAAAAACUAGCUGCUCCUGUCUUCGGUCAUGUUUUAUUCACACCCCCCCCCCCCCCCCCCUCUCUCUCUCUCUUCUGCUGUACAGUUUGGAAACGGCGUGUGAAUCAGAUUUUGUUCCGAGUGUAGAUGAGGGUUCCUCGCCGCGCCGGCUGUAGGUGUCAGGAUCGCUGUAGACCCAGAUGUAUUUAGUGGGCGGGGUUAAGGUGUUAUUGUGGGAGGGGCCAUUCAUCUGUCACCGCGUCAUCGCAGGUGUGUUCACCUGUCGACUUUUACAAUUCCCGUUUUAUGUGAAUGUACGAAUGAGGAGCACGACCACAGUCCCGCCUCCUGUCGCUGGGCGGAGUCAGGAGGAGGCGGAGUCACAACCAAAGUUUACAGCUUUACUCGUUUCAACGAGGGCGGUUCGGUUUCAGGGAACGUUUUUCUUUCUCACCCAAAAUCAGAAACUGAGUCUGAAGGUUUGAUGAGUUUAACUUUAUUAAACUCAUCAAACCUUCAGACUAGAAACACUUUAUUCUGCAUGUGGAAAAAUGUGUUAAUUCAAAUAUUUAUUAUCUCGUCUUCUUCAGUGAAGAUGAACUCGUCCAUGCAGUGGUCCCUUUUCAGCCCCGCACUUAUUUUAUAUUAAUACUAAAAUGGAAAAUGUGUAAUCAAGUACAGUUGAAUUGGAUCAUUAGUGUUACAUAUGAGCGUUAGCGGACAUUUUGAAUUUGUAUCAAAUAUUCUUAAAACUAAGUACUCAAUAUAAAUUAGGAAGUGACUUCACAUACAAACCAGAUUUUAACUGAAGUUUUUCUUUUUAACUAUGAAGCGUCUCAAGGUUUUUAUAUUUAAAGUUUCUGAUUCUGGGAAAGUAAAAGAGCUGAAGCGAAGAUUUCCCCUAAAACCCGACUCGUCUCCAUCAGCCUCCGUCUGAUUGGACGGAGGCUGAUGGAGACGUCGUUACUUUAGACCAGUUUGUCAUGAGACCGCAACUUGAGGAUUUUCUUAUUUUUAACUUUUGAUUUCUAGAAUUUACCUGUUUUUGUGUUUACCUGAAAGAUUUCACAGCACUUAGUCGCGAGACGUUAAGACGGACGUGGAGCUCGUGACUUCACGUCUGAAACGUUAAACCUUCCUCGCUGCUCCGGCUCUGAGCACCAGACUGAUAACGAUCCUCGGAUCUCAAGAAAAAACUGCGAUAGUUUUGCAUAUUUAUGAAAAUGUUGAACAAUUUCUUCUUUCCUGUGAGAUAAUUUUGGCUUUUAAACAUUUCCAUGUUUAACUGGUUGUUGGUCUUAAAAGUUCUGAUUUCCUAGUGAAAUCCUUUUUAGUUUCUUCCUCCGGUUCAUCUGUAGAUAAUAUUAAAUUAUUGAACUUGAGUGUUGUUCCCUCUCCAGUCAUUCCUCCUCCUCCUCCUCCUCCUCCUCUUCCUCAUCUGAACCAUCACCUCCGUAUUUAAAGCACCAGGAAGUUGUUUUAGUAAAAACACUAAAUAUCCAGAUGAUGCUCGUUCUCACUGUUUCACAUUUGAUCCGUUAAUCGAUGACUGAAAGGUUCAAUCCCGACUUUGACCUCAGCUCAUGGGGUCGGAGGUCGUCACCUUGUUUUGCUGAAUCAUCAUCAUUCCAUCCACAUCACCACCGUGUGCUUUUUGUUUUUGUACAGUUUAGUUUUUUACAGCCUCAUCCGCGCACAGGGCAUGUGUAUGAAAUCUAUACAUAUAUAAAUAUAAAUUUUCUAGACCUUUUUGUAGCUGGAAGAACGUCGGUCCGGUGGUAGAACCAGGUUCAGCUCCCUGGACGUAAAGGAAUGCUUUCGUGAUUUGUGGAUAUGUCUAAUAAAUUCCUUUUUUAUAAAUAUAUUUGUAAAUUUAAUCUUACAUGAGCACUGCGACUCCACCCCCUGCUGGCAAAGAAUGUUUAUAAUCUGGUUUUUCUUUCUCUCUUUUUGUCGUAUGUUGCAUUUUAAAGUUAUUUUUCGUUAAUUUAUUUUUCAGUAUGAUAUUAAACCAAACUCCUACAACACA